UCCGUUUGUACUCACGAACUGCGAUACAUUCUAUUCCCCGAAACAUUUCCACAAAUCGAUUCAUGAAUAGUUGAAAUACAAUAGCUCGUAAUUGUGAUUUUAUCAUCUGUUGUAGUGAGUCUUCCUCAAUGCCGUUGUUGCCUGUCUACACUAGAUGGCUGUCUCUGUUUUGCCGGCCAAAAAAAUUCCAACAGCCGUGAAUUCCGAGAUAAUGAUGCAUAAUUGAGCAUUGGCAGGUUGUCUUAAAAUUUUAACUUGCCCGAGGUAGUUAAUAUCAAAGUCUGAAGGCCAGAUUCCGAGUAGACAGCCAUCUCUUUCUGUUGCCAUCAAUAUGUUAACGUCUAUUCUAACGUCGUGUUUACUUCUCGUCGGUUAAUACGUGGCCCUUUGUGACCUAAAAAAGUGGGGUGACAUGAACUAUUUCCAAGGAAUAGCAUGUCUCUCCCUGGCCACUUUUUUUUCCCUACUGGCUGGCAUCAACUACUUACCAAAGUUUAUCGAGUUCGUGUACAGUCCUCCUGCCAACUUGGUUUUCAAAGCCAAUCCAACUUUCUUCAGUGUGAACCAAAGAUAUUUCCUAGACUUUGAAAGAUUCGAUAACGAGACGGGUGCCAAUAAGUUUAUCGUGCCCAAUAUUAUCCACUACAUCCGCCUCAAUAAGAAAAGUUGGUCGUUUGUGGAGUACAUUUGCUUGCGAUCGGCUUACGUCAAUCAACGCCCCGACUUCAUUUUCAUCCAUACCAACAUCUUCGAUGGUUUCAAAGGAAAAUACUGGAAAUGGAUCCAAGAAGAGCCUGAUUUGAAAUUACGUUUAAUUGUAGUGCCCGUUCAAUUGCCAUCCGAGAUCUUUGGGCAAAAACUGAAUCCUGUGUGGAGGAUCCAUCACGGGUCUGACUUGAUCCGCAUUCAGGCAUUGAUGAAGUAUGGUGGAAUCUUCUUAGAUAAUGACGUCUACGUCGUUCGCAAUCUGGACAAGUACCGCAAAUUCGAGAUGACUUUAGGCUGGCCCAGAAAUGAAUCCCUCGGCACAAUGGUUCUUUUAGCUAAUAAGAAUGCCCGUUUCCUUCCACUCUGGCUGGACAAUUACCGAGAUUACAAAGCGGAUCAGUGGUAUUACAAUGCUGGAGAUAAUCCGACUGCAAGCGUGUUAAUGAAACAUCCGGAACUGGUCCAUCGAGAACCUAAACGGCUGGGAGUUCAUUUUAUGUUGCGUGAAAUGUUCCAGGAAUCGGACAAUUUUCCAUGGUACGAAAAACUGGAUACCGUUCAUCUGCUUAUCAAUCAUCGAAGUUAUCUCGACAUGUUCUACAAAGAUUAUCGCUAUUUCAACGAACGAAAUAUUCUGCAUUAUCCAUUCAAUUUCGGCGAAAUGGCUCGGCUUGUUUUGAACCGUCAGCCGUCUGGCAACUACACCGUAUCAAUCCAGCAGUAAUGUCUGCUUAUUCCGCACGCAUAUCCUCUUGCAUCACGUGAUGCGCAAUAUCAUUAAUCGGAAAGGUUUUUUAUUUUAUUAUUUUUUUAACUAAUGCACCUUUAAUUUGUUAUUUUGUUUGAAGCUGUAUUCUGCAGUUAUGUCAGGAGGGUUUCAAAUUUGGUUUAUAAGUUGUGUAUAGCGUUCAGUAACGCUAUUUUAUGAAGAAAAUCAUAGAGGCUCUAAAAACAAUUCAAGUAAUUAGAUCUGGUUCUAAAAAAGACAAUUGGUCAUAUACACAGGUGCAAUGCAGACAAGUUUACGUCAACGUCACUAGAAUCUGCAUUGCGUGUAAACUUCUUGUCGUGAUGACACAGUUGUUCAUGCAUUUUGUAUAAGUAAUGCACAAUACACCCAAAUGAUAGAAUAGCCAA